GCUCGGGAUUCCACUCCGGGUUUUUAGGAGCCGGGAUGUUUGUAGCGCGGUCGAAACGCGUCCUAAAGAAAGACCCAAAGUUAAAACAGUAACACACGAUCUCAGAUUUAAAAUACAAGAUUAAAUAAUAAUAAUCCAUACACAUUAAGAUACAUUGCUGGGGAUGAACGAGUUUCUGGAUGAAUCUAUUUUUUUUGUGGGAGCAAGACUACAUUGUAAUGACGUGAAGACCCAGGCGAUGCAUCGACAAACUGGCCCUCGUUGCCCGGAGCAGUAGAGCUGGAGAAAGUCCGAGGGAAGAUGUAUCGGGGUGGGGAGCGGGACUUCCAGACGUCGGCUCGGAGGAUGGGCACCUCCCUGCUGUUCCAGCUGUCCGUGCACGAGCGGGAGCUGGACCUGGUCUUCCUGGAUCACAGCUAUGCCAAGCCCUGGAGCGCCCACCCCGAUGCCAGCAGCGCCCGGCCCACACGCAUGCUGUUUGUCACGCCACGCCGGCAGCAGGAUUCCUCAGGAGAGACGGAAAUGUCUAUCGACGUGGAAACGGUGACCCCGACCCCGAUGCCUCUGUAUGACAAUCAGAAGGCGCGGAGCGUGAUGAACGAGUGUGAACGGCACGUGGUCUUCGCACGGACUGACGCGGACGCACCCCCGCCGCCCGACGACUGGGAGGAGCAGGUCAACAAGGCUGGCUGGUCCAUGGCCCAGAACAAGCUGUUCAACAAGGUGAUGAAAGCACUGCUGGCUGAGCGGCAGGCAAGACUAGCGAACGAGAAGGCGUGUAACGAGCCGGUGCUGCGCCGCAUCGCGGUGGAUAAGUGCGCUCGGAAGGUGCGCCACGCCCUGGCCGGUGUGAGCUGGGAUACCAAGCUCACCCAGUGGCUGCACUGCACACUGGUGGAUUCGCUCAGCCUGCCCAUGCUGGCAGCCUAUCUGGACGUGCUGCAGACGCUCAAGAGCAAGGUUCCCUCGAUGAUCGAGCGGAUGCUGCUGUCCUCGUCUGUGAAGACUGGCGCAGCGGGUGCCGAGGCGCUGUCCCUCCUGCUCAAGAGGCCCUGGGACCCGGCCGUGGGGGUCCUCUCUCACAACAAGCCGAGCAAGCUCCCAGGGUCCCCCCUAAUCCUGAUCGCUCCCUCCGGGCCGACCAAUCAAGUCUUCCCCACCUCGCGACGCCUCCGCUUCUGGCAGUCACAGCUCUCCUGCCUUGGGAAGGUUAUCCCUGUGUCCACACACCUUGUAAAUAACGGAGCCAAUGUUGGAAUCACCCAGUGUCUGGAGCACAUGAUCGGAGCAGUGAGGGGAAAAGUUCUAGAGGUGCACAGCCACUUCCCGCACAAGCCUAUCAUUCUGGUGGGCUGGAAUGUCGGAGCCCUCAUUGCCUGUCAUGUGGCAGUAAUGGAGUAUGUGACUGCAGUGAUCUGCCUCGGGUUCCCUCUCUUCACCAUCACUGGACCCAGAGGGGAUGUGGACGACCCCCUGCUGGACUUGAAGACCCCUGUGCUGUUUGUGAUUGGUCAGAACGCCCUGCAGUGUGGCGUGGAGACCAUGGAGGAGUUCAGAGAGAAGAUCCGGGGCGACAACAGCAUGGUGGUGGUGGGAGGAGCGGAUGACAACCUCCGCAUCAGCACAGCAAAAAUGAAGUCUGAAGGGCUGACGCAGAGCAUGGUGGACCGCUGCAUUCAGGAUGAGAUCGCAGAUUUCCUGACGGGAGUUCUGACCCGAGCUGAGAGUCAUGCUGCGGCCGACCCCCGCGACCUCGACACGGAGAAGAAGAAGAAGCAGCGUGACUCUCGGAGGGAGCUGCCGUUCGAGCUGGAGAAGAGAAGGCCUGCCUCCCCGGCCACGCGGCUGCCCAUCUCCCCCUCGGAGUCAGAGGAUUUGUCAAGUGUUUCCAGCAGUCCGGCCUCCAGCCCGAAGACUAAAACGUCGGCUCUGUCUCCGGCUCAGAAAUCCAGCCUGAUCACAGCCACCCAGCUGCUGAAAACACACAUGCAGAGAUCAGGAGCUGUGCUUACUCACAAACAAGCGCAAGCUCAGUUCGCUGCUUUUCUGAAACAAAACAUGCUGGUGAGGAAAGCAGCACCUCCUGGCAGCCCCUCCUGUCUCUUUGUGCCUGUGUCCAGCGGGCAGGUGGAAGGGCUGGACAAAGAGGACCGAGCACAGCUGAAGAGGAGACAGACCUCCAACCCCACCCCGUCCAAGUCCCCCAAGAGAGCCAAAAUCAAAGUGACCAUCCUGUCCCACGGGGAGACUGCAGGGGGCGCCACCACCAUGGCUGCACAGGACGGAGGCGCAGGGGGGAAGCCUUUGACUGUGACAGUGGGGCAAUCUGUUGCUGGGGCAAAGGAGCUGUCGGGGCUUCUUACAGGACAGAGAUCUGCCAGUGUGUCUGAAGCCUCAGGUGCUGGAGUGGUGACCCCCAGCUCCUUCCACAGCCUGCAGAGCCGCCUGGGGCCCGGCUCCCCCUGCACUGCCCAGACACAGGCUGCAGCUACACAAGGCACCCCCUCUGCUAGCAGCUUGCUCCAGGGCUUGAGUUUCAGCAUCCAGGAAAUUGUCACCCGGUCUCCCAGCUUGCCCUCCACAGCAGCCACUGCAGGGACCAGCACUCAGGUAACCUACACCUGGAACAGACCCACGGCCACACAGGCUCCUGGAAUGAAGACGCAGGGCCAGGUUUUGGGCACCUUCACCACGGGGAGUGGCACACUGGUCCGGACCCUUCCUGUGGUCACCAGCGGGGGAGGGGGCACCAGCAAAACCACCGCCAUCCACCAGCUCCUCGCCAACGGAGGGCUGGCCAAGCUCGCCAGCAGCCUGCCGGGACUGGCACACAUCUCCAGCCAGAGCGGCGGACUGAAGGCACCGACCACCAUAACUGUGACCCUGCGAGGGCAGCCAAGCAGAGUGACCACCGUCAGCCAGUCUGCAGCUGGCACGAUGAUGCCAGGACCCAGCGAUAUGCAGGGCCCUGACCCUGUGCUGGGGAAUGCCGUCGCCCAGGCCGCCACUGCCAACCUGCCGCCCGCCAAGAUCCUCCCGCAGCUGGACCUCGGCAAAGUGCCCGCGGGUGCAGUCCUGCCAGCUGCCACGUCUCCACCCAUAGUGACCACCACCAGCCCGACCAAGACUCUGUACGUCAUGUCGGACGCCAGGCUGUCUGCUCUCACCAAGUCCAUCCUCCCUCAGCAGCCCGAGACAGGGCUGGGAUCACUGGGGGUCCCCUCCCCCUCGGGGGGCGCAGUCACCUUCACCACUCCCGCCCUCGCCAGCACCCCCAGCCCCUCCUGCACCGUCGUCCUGUCCAAGCAGGGUACUUCCAAAACUGUCCUCCUCGCCCCUGCUGUAGACCAGCUCUGCCUCCCCCUGUCCAAGCCCCCCGUGUCUGGGGUCGAGACCUUGGGCCGGGUCCCCUCAGUGCUGGAUGAGGGGAGUACCAUCCUCCACACCACAGAGACCUUUGGUCAGACUCCUGGCACCACCAUCAUUACUUUGUCAGGCAGCUCCGUGGCCGCCUCAGCAGGACCCCAAGGACCCGGAGCCGGCCAGCAAUAUUGAAGACACAAGAGCAUGUGGAAGGAUGCAGGCUGCUGAAACCACUCCAUCAAUAUUACUGCCUUUGCUUUGUAGCUGUCUGUCUGAGGCUGGACAUUUGUUCUGUUGUUCUUGCUGCACGUUUGGUUUCUUUUUUGGAAGCUUUCCUGGGAUGUUUUAAGUGCUGUCAAAGUGUGACUGUGGCACAGGGUUUUAUCACGGCCGGAGGAGAGAGUUACUGCACACUCUAACAGACCAGGACAGUCGGCACAGCUUUUAGUUUGUUAAAUGAUUCUCUGGCAACUGAUUUAUUUAAAAAUAAAUAAAUAAAUAACCCUAAUUGGUCUAAAAUCAGCCUUUUAUGUUCCCAAAGUUAUUUUGCAACAAGAAAUUCUUAAUAAAAAUCUAACAGCAUUAUGAAUGUAAUUACAUAUUUCUUUCACCCAUAGAAUAUGAGAACUACCCAAUAGCUGGCAAUGCCCUGCAAGUAGUAAGAUUGGUUCUGUUAUUUCAGUAGCUGUACAUCCUCCCAAGACUGGAUGCUUGACCAUUGGGGAAGUUGGGUCGACCAGCCUCUUCCAUGGACCAUUUUUUUUUCCUUCAGUGCCGUUUCGGUACAGACUGGAGCAAUGGGGACUCUUGUGUUUUCUAAGUGGUUUCCUUCUCGUUGUGCUUCUCUGUAAAGGACUUUGCUUGUGUUUUGGAUGGCAUUACCGUUCCAUCUUGUUUCAGCUGUUCAAGCGCAGAGUUCUUUUCAUGUGUUUUUUGGGGUUUUUUUUCCAGCUGCUUAAUUGUUUUAUAAACUGGAAAGAAUUUAACAACUUA